CCCGAACACAGUCUGCGUGCGCGUGGAAUGGAAACUAUUUGAGGUGUUUCACGGUAUCAGCGGAAUCCCGUAGUGACUUUUGGCUUUGGUCUUAAAGUUUUUAAAGUUUCCUCUUAAAGGAACCGCGCGCACUGUACACACGCCCCGUCAUCACACCCACACCCACGCGCGCAAAUCCGGACAAAGCAGAAGCACGCGCAGAGAAACCAGGACCGGUAUCUGGAUCUGUUCGUUAUCUGUCCGUCAAAGCUCCUCGUGCGUCAUGUAAACAACAAGGGCAUAAAAAGGAGAGGGACAAAAAGUUUGCGGAAACCGGAAAAUCUUUUAAAGUCAUCUCGCGCGCAUGAGUUCGGCGGCUGUGAUCUGUCGGGCCGCGCGCCUGCUCGCGCUCGCGCUCGUGUGCUCGCCGCUGGUAGGUGCGCGUGGUGCUCAGGUGCGAGCCGACAAACCGCCGCGCGCUACAAACACGUGCCGUGACUCAGAUUUGUUCUGCCAGGAGGAGGUCGUCAUGGUGACAGCAGGCGGCCAGAUCCAGAGCCCGAGGUACCCGAAUGCCUACCCACGCAACAUCCUGCUGUCUUGGAAACUGCUGGCCCCGCCCUUCACACGUGUUUUUCUGGAGUUUGAUGGGAGGUUCGGGUUGGAGGAGCCUGAGAACAGCAUGUGCAGACAUGAUUUUGUGGAGGUUGAUGACAUUUCAGAAAGCAGCACCAUCACUUGGGGUCCCUGGUGUGGACGGAACGUCCCGAGUCCCAUCACGUCCAGAAACAACAUCAUCAGAAUCACCUUCAAAUCCGAUGACUUCUUAGUCGCCAAACCGGGAUUCAAACUUUGCUACUCGCUGCUGAUUGAUGCUCCGCCGUCUUAUCUGAAUAACUUCGAGGCUGUCACAGUUGCAUCGAAUGCUGUGUCUGCCUCUAAUGCUCCGUUAUCAGCCGAUGCGUUGGAUGAUAUCAUUGCGGGAUUCAGUACAGUGGAGGGGGUCCUUAGACACCUGAAUCCACAGACCUGGAGACAGGACCUGAAUUCCAUCUACACACAAACACACCAGUACAUACCAAGGAGCUAUUAUGCCAACCGUGUAAACAAACUUGAUCUGGAUCGUCUGUAUGAGGACGUGAGGCUGUACAGCUGCACACCGCGCAAUUUUUCCAUAAAUCUGCGGGAGGAACUGAAAGCCACCAACGCUGUGUUUUUCCCACGAUGCAUCUUGGUGAAACGCUGCGGUGGGAACUGUGCCUGUGGGACAGAACAUUGGAACUCCUGCACAUGUAGCUCUGCCAAAACAGUCAGCAAGCUACAUGAGGUGCUAAAGUUCUCUCCAGGACCAAAUUACUACAAAAGGAAAACCAAAGCACGCUGGACUCUGGAGGAAAUCAACCUGCAGCAUCAUGAGCGAUGCGAAUGUGUGUGUCACUCACGGCCACCUCGAUGAGAGACAAUCUCACCCGCAGACACCCACACACACACCCACACACACACACACACACACACAUCCACUCAGUAUUUCAAACAAUAAUCGAUGUAGCUUUAAGUAUCUUGCUCUUUCUUUGUCUGUAAUUUUGUACUUUUUAUUCGUCUUCAUGCACACUGUUAUUUAUUUCUGUUUUAUUUUAAGACGGUUUUUUCUCUCUCUCUCUCUCUCACACACACACACACACACACACACACACACACACACACACACACACACAUUCCAGUCUCCCGGGUUCAGUUUAAGCCAGAGGAGUGUGUUUUUACUCCUUAUCCAAAACAGUACAUUCCUCUCAUACCAGCCCUUCCUCAUAAACACACACACACACAAACACACACACACAAACACACACACACAAACACACACACACAAACACACACACACAAACACACACACACACACACACACAGUGCUGAAUGUACUGUAUGAUGACUGUAGCUCUGUGUGUGAGACUUCAGGUUCAUUUAGCUUAAACCGCUCAGAUUAAAUAAUUUUCCAUUUCAUUUGUCUUAAAAACACAAAUAAACAACAGAUUUUCAAGGUCCAGCCUUCACCUGUGUGUG